AUGUUCGAAUCAAAUACAGAUAAUGAUGAACUUAAUAACUUGGAAAAAAUAAAUGCAGUUUUGAAAAAAGAUGUUACACAUUUCAAGGAAAGAGAAGCAAUUCUAAGAAAGAUUCAAUUAUAUCAAGCUAAAAUUUCAAGUGCACAAUAUUCAUUUGCGGGGGCUGCAUUUGAGGAAACAAAGAGAGAAAAAAGGGCAGUUGAACAACUUCUUCAAGAAAAUCAACUUGUUAAUGACAGUAAAAGUGAAUAUGAAAAAAUUAUCAUUGAUGCAACAGAAAGAAAGGGGGUGUAUUCCAGUUGGCAUAGUGCACAAGAAUGUAAACUUCAACAGCUAUCUAAUAAAUUAAAAAGAUUGAAUGAUAAAACAGAUGAAAUAUAUAAGGAAUUAUCAACUAUUAAAAGAGCUAAUUACAGAGGAGAACAAAUCACACAAAUUAGAUUGGAAGUUUCUCAACUAGAAAAUUCAAUUAAACAACAAUUAUUUAAACAAAGGAAAAUUGAUUUACAAUGUGAAAUUGAUUUGUCCAAAUCAAUUAAAGAAAAAGAAAUUUUCCUAGAAGAAACCCUUUUAGAUCAGAACUUAACUCAAGUUUUGAAAGAUGAUGGUGAGUUAGGUAGCCAAAUACAAGAAAAGAAAGAUAUUUUGAGGCAAACAUCUGAUAGACUUGUCACCAGAAGAUUUGAUGAAAUUGAAGAAAAGAAGACAUAUCAUUGCCAAGAAUCAGAUAAGUUGAUAAAUAAACUUGAUGAUAUAUCACAAAAAAUGACAUUAGAAGAAAUUAGAAAUGCUAUUGAUCAUGAAAAAGAAAAUAUAAACCUUUAUAAUGAGGUUGAUCCUAACAUUAUAGAUUCAUACAAUGAAAGACAAGCUCAAAUUGUUUUCCUUAGAUCUCAAAAAGAAAAAAGAGAAUUAUCAUUAAAAGAACUAAAUGAUGAAAUUGCAAAGGAAAAGGAGCAAUGGGAUCCUAAAUUAUAUGAAUUGGUUAGAAAAAUUGGUGAACUCUUUUCAAAUGCAUUUAAUAAAAUCGGAUGUACUGGUGAAGUGCAUAUCAACACUCAUGAAGAUUAUGAUAAAUGGGAUAUAAAUAUUCUGGAAAGAUCUGUAUCAACUAUCAUGUAUUUAAUGGCAUUACAAGAAUUGGCCAAAACACCAUUUUGUGUUGUUGAGAUUAACCAAGGAAUGGAUCCUAAAAAUGAAUACUUAGUUCAUAAUCAUAUGAUUGAAACUUCAUGUCAUCAACCUUCACAAUAUUUUUUAAUAACUUCUGAAUUGUUGUCAGAUUGUGAUCUUAAAUAUAAUGCAUUUACAAUGCUUUGUUUCAUUAAUAAUGAAGAAUGGCAAUCUGAAAGAAUGAACUGA